AGGCAACAACAAAGAAACGCGGAAGACCUAAACUGGCCGAAUCUGGGAGAAAAAGGAGGAUGGCCACCAGAAAUUUAGAGGCAUCUAAGUCAGGAAUAUAUAUUGGAAGUGAGACUGAAAGAUGGGAGAGGAUUAAAGUCGAGAACGGAUUGAAAAGCGACCGAGAGUUGGCAACCUUUUUGAUUGACAGGACAAACCAGAGACUAGAGUCAUGCACAUGACACAUAUGACCUCAACCCCAUGUCAAGGAUACAUACCACAACACAGUCAGAAAACACCAUCUGUAUCAGAGGUUUCUGCACCAGAGACUGACAGUGAGAUCAUGUCUGGAAUUGAAGUCCUGAAAUCUUCUGAUGAAAGUUCAACACAGCAUUCACCAGAGAAGAGACCAUCAAAACAGAAGUUGCAAUCUUCAUCAUUUGUCAACCCUUUAGACAUAACCCUCGACUGCACAUUCUCGGAUACCGAUGAGAGCUUGACAGAUGAUCCUGACUAUGAACCCAGCUUUGCUUUGACUGCAGUUCUCCCUCCUUAUUUGAAGGAUUGUCCAGAUGUCUCGUAUGAAGAAAUUGAGCUUGACAGGGAUAUUGUGGAGAUGGUUGAAGACAGCGAUGAAGAAGAUCUGACUGAUUUGGUUGAUGGAGUUAAUCACAUAAAAUCAGAUGGUGACAUUGGUGUUUUAUGUGAAGAUGAUACUUUGCUCGUUUUCAUGGACCAGCUGAAGAUUCUAGCCAGCAGAGCAGUGCCAGCAUGCAGAACCUGUAAAUCUCAUGAGGUGGAGAUUAAAGACACCUACAAGGGAUCAGCUGUCUAUCUUGAAUGGGUUUGUAAAGAGGGUCACAGCAAUGGCCGAUGGUGUUCCCAGCCCCUUCUGAAUCGCAGAGUGCACAGUGGCGACUUCCUGAUAUCUGCCACUACAGUUUUGUCAGGGAACAACUUCAGCAAACUGAAGCUUUGGGCUGAUAUGCUAAAGUUAAAGUUUCCUUCAGAACAACAGUUCUUCCGUGUUCAGGGAGCUUACUUGGUACCAACAGUUGACAGUUACUGGCAAGAACAUCAACAGGAUCUAAUACAGUCAUUUCAUGGCCAAGAUGUCAUAGUUCUUGGAGAUGGAUGUAAUGACAGCCCAGGCCAUUGUGCCCAGUACUGCUCCUACACCUUGAUGGAGAAUGAUUCCAAGAAAAUUCUAACCUUGAAGACCAUGGAAAAACGUGAAACUGAUAGGAAAUCUGCUGCCAUGGAGAAAAAAGCACUGAAAGCCUGCCUUGAAGAGCUGCUGGACAAAGAUGUUUGUGUAAUCACUGGGAAUCACUGCCAUGAUGAUGUCUGGCAGUGUACAGAUAACAAAGAGCAGAAGGGUAUUUUCCACUCGCAUGAUAUUUGGCAUGUGGCCAAAAAUUUAGGCAAAAAGCUGACGAAGCUCUCUCUGAAGAAGGACAACCGCAUCCUGAGAGAUUGGAUCAAAGACAUAGUGAACCAUUUCUGGUAUGCAUGCAAGGUUGCGGAAACUGAGGCCCAGUUUAAGGGAAUAUGGGUGAGUGUGCUACACCAUGUCACAGAUGAGCACGAAUGGCUCAUAUCUUAUGGGGAUGAUGGCUGUAAUGAAUGCCACCACGGUCCACUGGCCGCAGAAGAUCGUGACAAGCCAUGGCUGCACAGGAUCAAAAAUUCUGCAGUUCUGAAGGACCUUUCUUCUGUGGUGAUGGACAAACGUCUACUAAAGAAAGUUGCCUACUAUCUGAAGUUCAGAAGCACUGCAGAACUGGAAGGCUUUCACCAACAUCUUUUGAUGUAUUGUGCAAAGCGCUUCGCCUACACACCACCUGUGUACCGAAUGAGAAAUUUGUUAGCUGCACUGAAUCAUAACCUGCAUCAGGAUCGGUCAGUACAAUUCAACAAAAAUGGAUCAAUGAGAUUGAGACGGGUAUUUAACAAAAAAAGCGGUCGAUGGUCAGUGUAUCCAGUUAAAGAACAAAAAAAAUACCAAUAUAUAAGGACAAUGCUGAAAAGGGCUUUGAGGCUGAGACUGGAUGACCGGGUUGGGAUGAGCCAGAAAAGGGUGCUGAAGGAGGGGGACCCCAGGCGGAUUUCAAAGAAUCUGGCCCCAUUAUCCCCUAAGGCCACAAAGGAGAUCGUUCUAGAGCAGAAGUCACGCUUUAAGUGAAGACAAUGAACAUAUGAUGUUUUGAGGCAAUGACGAAAAGGGCAGGAAGUGUAGACAUAGAUAAUCGUGCGGACAGAAUCUGAACCUGAAUUUAGUUUUUACUAAGAGACAAUUAUAGUUAUUGCUUUUUGAUCUCAUUUUUAUAUUGUGUGAAAUAAAGUCAGAUAAAGCUGUU